GGUGCAGUGCGAAAGUACCUGUGGACCCGCCGCGGGGCGCGCUGUGCCGGCGUAGCGUUUUAAAUUCUGCCGCCACACCGAUGCGACACUCGCAGCUCACUACUUGAAUUUCCGCGCCUUUUUAAAGCUAACAGCAGAACUCGUUAAAUACUAUAAGGUCUUCAUUUUUUUCUAAGGCACUUUGAGGCAAGAGUUAAUAGACUUUCAGAGUCAGGACCUUCCGCAAAAUGAGUAAAGCGCCUAUUAAAAUUGACGGUUUUCCCUUUUAGAUUAGGGAAACAGGAUCUCAUCAUUUUCUUCUUCGUGGCUGGAACAUCCUCAAAAAUCAGACGUUGUCUUCUUGCUUCACCACUGACGGUCGAUAGACGAUGGGCUUCUUCCUGCAGCUGAAACUGCUGUUGUGGAAGAACCUGCAGAUUCGGAAGCGAAACAAGGUUCGACUGCUGCUCGAGAUAAUAUGGCCGCUGUUCCUCUUUCUGAUUCUGAUGUGGGUGCGCACCCGCGGCCUCAAGGAAGUGCGACAGGAAUGUCACUACAUGGAGAAGGCCCUGCCCUCGGCAGGCCAGUUUGCUUUCUUCCACUCGCUCAUCUGCAACGCCCCGAACCGGUGCCACUUUAACAACGGCACCUCUGGCCCGCCUUACGACCAAUAUCGGCCCAGGCCCAAGCUCACCGACUUUACCAAUGAGUUUGGGCGGUUGUUACUGGACGGGGGGAAGCUCCCCCGACUCAUCAAGAACUACGGCGACUUGGGUUUCAUCCUCUCGUCCGUGGAACGCAACCAGAGUCUCGGCGACGACUUCUCUUUGCGGGUGCGGGACCUCGCCCUGCCUCACCAGAUCGCCGACAUUCCGCCAGAAUGGAUGGACAGUCCCAUCGACGCACGGAAGCUGGACAAGGCCAUGCUGGUCGACCCGCCCUCCGCCCACUACUGCAUCAAGUCGGGCGAGACCGCGGCCAGGGAAGUGAUCUGCAACGAGAACAUGACAUUCAUCUGGGAGGACGUCAGCUCAUCGGCCGAGACCUACAGGCAGGAGAACAUGGAGUCUGUCCUGCGACCCUCGGCGUGGCACAGGUUCCAGGUGGCGGUGCGCAGCAUGGCCGACGACCUGGACACGAUCGGUUUCGACAACGUCGACCCCAAGGCUCUGGUCAUCCUGGACCACUUGCGGGGGCAGGGCGACGCGAACAACCCGCCGGAGCAGGGGUGGUGUGACCUGAUGGAGGCGUUUGACGACUUCCGCAUCCCGGAGAACGAGUUCACGCGCGCGAUGCGCGGCGAGCAGCUGCAGUUCAAGUCCCGCUACAAGGCGGACCCCGAGGAGCCGGACGAGUGCCGGGCCAUCUUCAACUCCACCGCCAUCAAGAAGAUCCCCGGCGUGGCCGCCGUCUGGAAGGUCAUCAAGCCCUUCGUCAGGGGCAAGAUCCUGUUCUCGCCCGACACGCCGGCCGUGCGCUCCGUCAUGGAGAAGGUGAACAGGACGUUCAACGAGCUGCUCUUCCUGCCGGGCUUCGAAGCGGUGGACACGGACGCCUUCUUCGGCAGGAUGGAGGAGGGCUUCUUCGUCAGGGAGAUGCCCAAGUCCGCGGAGGGGAAGUCGCUGUUCCGGGCCACGUUCAAGCACAACGUGUUCGCGCUGUCACCCGUGCUCCUGCGCAGGAGCGGCCAGCUCAGGAGGUUGCAGGAGGUGGCCGGCAGGCCGCUGUCCAAGCCGCGGAGGGAGGGCGACCGGAACCACACCGCCGAGCAAGAGGACUCGAUGGGCACCCUGUUCGACGAGGGCUUCCAGCUGUUGGGCCGCUUCCUCAAGUGCCUGGAUCGGGACAAGAUCGCGCCAGUGCCGCUGGAGGAGGCCGAGGAGGAGGCCGUGAAGCUCGCCCGCACCAACAACCUCUGGGCGCUGGUGGUGUUCGACGAGGCGGGCAACGACACCCUGACGCCCUUCGUCAAGUACAAGCUGCGGCUGAGCGUCGAGCGCGUGGACAGCACCAUCGACAUCAUGGACCGCCGCAGCAACUACCGCUCCCGGGACAUGCCCCUCUCGGACCUCAAGUACAUGACGUACGGCUUCGCCUUCCUGCAGGACAUGAUCGACAGCGCCAUCCUGGAGGUGCACACGGGCCGGGCGGGCCAGGCCAAUCCGGGCCGCAUACUCAAGCAGUACCCGUACCCGGAGUACAUCUACGACCAGUUCAUCAAGGCCAUCUCCAACACGUUCCCCAUGUUCAUGGUGCUGGCCUGGGUGUUCACCUCCGCGCUGGUCGUCAAGAGCAUCGUGUACGAGAAGGAGCAGCGCAUCAAGGAGACUCUGGGCGUCAUGGGGUUGAGCAACGGCGUGCACUGGGCCGGCUGGUUCAUCGACACGUUCCUCGUCAUGUUGACCAGCCUGACCUGUUUGUCGCUCAUCCUGGUGUACGGCAAGGUGAUCGAGAGGGCGUCCCUGUCGGUGGUCUGGGUGUUCCUGCUGUCCUUCUCCGUGGCCACCAUCUCGUUCAGCUUCCUGAUCUCCGUGUUCUUCUCGCGCGCCAACGUGGCGGCUGCGGCGGCGGGGAUCAUCUACUUCGCCACCCACAUGCCGUACCCGCUCAUCCAGCGCUUCUCCGACAUGAUCCCCUACGGCGGCUUUGUCGGCGUGAGCCUCUUCUCCAACAUCGCUUUCGGCCUCGGCGCCAACGUCUUCGCCUCCUACGAGCAGACGGGGGAGGGCGUGCACUGGCACAACAUCAACCUGCCCGCCAACGCCGACGAGCUGGUCACCAUCGGGCUGUGCAUCACCAUGCUCUGGGUGGACGCGCUGGUGUACGCCGUGCUCACGUGGUACAUCGAGGCCGUGUUCCCGGGCCAGUACGGCAUCCCAAAGCCCUACUACUUCUUCCUGCAGCGCUCCUACUGGUUCGGCAGCCUCGCCCAGGAGAGCAUGAACGGACACCUACCGAACGGCGGGAUUGUGGCAAACAACAUGGAGCCGGAGCCCGUUGGUGGCGUGGUGGGCGUGGCCAUCGACAAGCUCAGCAAGGUGUUCGGCGGUAAGACGGCCGUCAACGGGUUGUCGCUCAACUUCUACCAAGACCAGAUCACCUGCUUCCUCGGCCACAACGGAGCGGGCAAGACCACGACGAUAUCCAUGCUGACGGGCAUGUACCCGCCCUCGUCCGGCACCGCGAGGAUAUACGGCAGGGACAUCCGGCACGACAUGGACUCCAUCAGGAGCAGCAUGGGGGUCUGUCCCCAGCACAACGUACUCUUCGACAGCCUUACCGUGGAGGAGCACCUGCUGUUCUUCGGCCGCAUCAAGGGGGUGGAGCCGGAGGUGCUGCGCAGAGAGAUCGACGGCAUGCUCCACGACAUGGGGCUGGAGGGCAAGAGGCACUCGCUCUCCAGGGACCUGUCGGGCGGCAUGAAGCGCAAGCUCUCGGUGGGCAUGGCCUUCGUGGGCGGCUCCACCACCGUGUUCCUGGACGAGCCCACCGCCGGUGUGGACCCCUUCUCGCGGAGGGCCAUCUGGGAGCUGCUCAUCAAGUACCGGAAAGGCCGCACGGUAAUCCUGACGACGCACUUUAUGGACGAGGCGGACCUGCUCGGGGACCGGAUCGCCAUCAUCAGCGGCGGACGCCUGGAGUGCUGCGGCUCGAGCGUGUUCCUCAAGGCGCGCUUCGGCAGCGGCUACUACCUCACCGUGGAGUGGCUGCCGCAGCAGAAGGAGGAGCAGGACCAUUCGAUCAGGGCGUCCCGGCUGCGCCAGCUCGUGACGGGGACGGUGGCGAGCGCGCAGGCGGUGGAGGAGAUGGCCUCCGAGUCCGUCUUCGUGCUCCCCGACCGACACGACGUGCCCGCCAUCACCGCCCUCCUGGAGAAGAUGGACGAGAACACGGAGGCGCUCGGCAUCGAGUCGUACGGCAUUUCCGACACCUCGCUCGAGGAGAUUUUCCUCAAAGUGAUCGAACAAAAGGAGCCCGUUGCGAACGGAACUGACGGAGAACACAGGAUAGUCAAAGUGCAAGUCAAUGGUGUUGUUUUGAACUACGAGGCCGUGGCCUCUAACGACGCCACCGGGCCGCCACUGCCCCUCCGCGACCAAGACGACCCUGCCUCCGCCCCCGCCGAGUACGUCGGCGGCCUCGCCCUCCUCCGGCAACAGUACCUCGCGCUCAGCCGGAAACGCUUUAACUAUGUGCGGCGUGACCCCAAAGGACUCUUUACGCAGCUUGUGCUCCCCGCGGUGUUCGUCGCGCUGUCGCUCACGUUCACCAGCUUCUACAACAUCCCCACCACGAUGCCCGAGCUCGUCCUCGAGCCCAAGCUGUACGGCGAACCGGUCGUGGGCUUCUGGCAGGUCCGGGACGAGGCGUCGGACCUCACUCAGAGCGCGCUGCACCUGCAGUCCAUGCGGCGGGACGGCGUGGGGUCGGAGCUGGUGCCUUCGCGCCGGCGCCUGGCCUCCCCCGAGCUGCCCGUGCGCGUGCAGCGGCGCAUGGAGCUGGCCAAGAGCAUCGCCUCGGCAGACAACACCUGCGCCAACUCGCCGCCACAGAUAGAUGGAGUUCCACAAUCCCGUAUGAUUCUACCGGGCAAGGAGCUGUACUACAACGGGACUGGAGUCGAGCUGGAGCAGUGGAUCGUGGACACGUACCCUGACUGCAAGCGAAACAGGUACGGAGGAGUGACCUACGGAGCCUCGUACCCGUGGUCCAGAGAGAGCAACCUGCCCAUCGCCGGCUUCAACAACAAGCCCGACAAUCUCAGGAUCUGGUACGACAACAAAGGCCACGCAGCCUCGCCGUCCUACCUGAACGCCAUGAACAACGUGGUGCUGCGCUCGCUGCUCCCAGAGGACAAGAAGAACGCUUCCCGUCAGUACGGGAUCCUGACGUCCAACCACCCGCUGCCGCUCACCCCUGAGCAAUACAAGGACAAGACCAUGAACGAGGCGUUCAUCGUGCUGUUCCACGCCGUGUCCGUCAUCUUUGCCAUGAGCUUCGUGCCAGCCUCCUUCGUCAUCUUCCUGAUCGAGGACCGCGUGGCGCAGUCCAAGCACUUGCAGCUGGUGUCCGGGCUGCGGCCCUUCGUGUACUGGCUGCAAUCCUACACCUGGGACUUGGUGAGCUUUGCCGUAUCCGAAACGAUGGUGGUGCUGAUCUUCAUCGCCUUCCAAAGCGAGAUGUACACCUCGGGAACAAACCUCUUCGCCCUCAUCGUCCUCAUCUUUUUCUACGGCAUGGCGUGCAUUCCGCUACUGUACCUGCUCUCCUGGUUCUUCCACGUUCCGAGUCUUGCUUUCGUGGUGCUCUCAUGCGGCAACCUCUUCAUCGGCAUGAUCACCACCCUCACCGUCCUGGUGCUCGGCAUGUUCGAAGAGUUGGAGCUACAGCACAUUAGAGACGUGCUAGAAGUGGUGUUCCUAGUAUUCCCCCAGUACUGCCUUGGCCAGGGCCUCAUGAACAUGGCCACCAACUACAUGAACGGUCAAAUCCUCGCCAAGCAAGACAUAAUCUGGGACAAGUCGGUGCUGUCUUGGGCCGUGACGGGCAAGUUCCUGUUCACCCUGUUGGUGAUCGGCGUGGUGCUGGUGGUGGCCGUGUUCCUCGCGGAGCAGAGCACGCACUGGUUCCACCGGGGCGGGAGCGACGCCGCGGCCAGCAGCGUGCCGAGGGAGGGUGACGUCCAGCGCGAGUUCAUCCGUGUGGACAGCGGCCAGGCCGACGGCGACGUGCUCGUACUCAAGAGGCUCACCAAGAGCUACGGACAGGGCCUGCCCCCGGCCGUGGACGGCGUCUCCUUCGGCGUGACGGCCGGCGAGUGCUUCGGCCUCCUCGGUCUGAACGGCGCGGGGAAGACGUCCAUCUUCAAGAUGCUGACGGGCGACACGAGCAUCAGCGGGGGCGACGCGCUCGUCGCCGGCACCUCGGUGCGCGCCGACAUGGACGGCGUGCGCAAGCUGGUGGGCUACUGCCCGCAGUUCGACGCGCUCAUCCCGCUGCUCACCGUGCGCGAGCACCUCGACCUGUACUGCAGCCUGAGAGGCAUGCGGCCCGAGCGCCGGCAGCGGGCGGUGGACCGCGCGCUCAGGCGGCUCAACCUCGGCUUCUACCAGGACAAGCAGGCCAAGUCGCUGUCGGGGGGCAACAAGCGCAAGCUGUCGACGGCCAUCGCCCUGGUCGGCGACCCAGCCCUGCUGUACAUGGACGAGCCGACCACGAGCAUGGACCCGGCCGCGCGUCGCUUCCUGUGGGACUGCGUGCGCGGCGUGGUGGCCUCGGGGCGCAGCGUGGUGCUCACAUCGCACAGCAUGGAGGAGUGCCAGGCGCUGUGCGGCAAGCUCACCAUCAUGGUCAACGGCCAGCUCACGUGUUUCGGCAGCCCGCAGCACCUCAAGAGCAAGUACGGGUCGGGCUACAGCGUGGUGGUGCGAUGUCAGCCGAAGCGCGUCGUGGAGGUGCGCGAGCUGGUGCAGCGGCGGCUGGCGGGCAGCACCGUCGUCGAGGAGCACCUCAACCAGAUCAAGUUCCACGUGCCGCCGGCUGCCGAGUCGAACCUGCGGCUCGUCACCAUCUUCCGCACCAUGGACCAGGCUCGCACGGAGAGUGGCGUUCUCGACUACUCGGUGUCACAGACCACCCUCGAAGAUGUGUUCAUGCGCUUCGCCCAGAUGCAGAAGACUGAGGAAGUGGCCCCAUCCGAAGCUGCGGAUUGUCUGGACGUGCUCAAGAAAUGCUUCGGUCCCUUAAGGAAACGCGAAAAAGAGGCAGCUAUUCCGUAGGGUGAGGCUGAAUAACCAUUCCACACUGUUUGGAGGGCGACGGCCCGAACGAGAUUAUCUUUAGUUCGUACUAUUUAUUGUUCAGAGCGUUUUAAAUGAUUUUCUGUUGUUUUUUUCAUUGUAAAUACCUUGUUGUUGCACAUAAUCGACUUACAAUUUCAGUAUUUUUUUAAUACCUCGCAUUGGUACUAACACGAGUACAAAGCACAAAACCAGUUCUGCCUCUCAGAGUUGCUGUUAUAUUGUCUUAAUCUGUGAUUAAUAUAGUUAUCACAAGCUGUGAUUCUGUUCCUUGUGUACUAUUUUGAUACACACUCUGGCCAAAGUGAGCGAUGUUCGUUGACCAAUUUGAUAUUUGUGUGUAGUGUCUAACUACACAAAACAAGGUCGAUUGUUUUCUGGGCUUAAACCUCUCAUCUCCCCUGUGAUCAAUAGCCUAGAGCCGUUUCCUUCUUUUACGAUACCAAAGGGUUUAUAUUAAAACAAUGUGCAGAGUACCGUGCAAGCUCCUUAGUAGUUUGUGAUAUUUGUGAGUGUUUGCGUUUACCCAGACAGGGCCCAAUCUCUUGUGCUGCACUAGCUUAAAUAGGCCAAGCUAGAACUUUGUCUGCCUUUGUGAUACUCGUAUUUUAUUACAAGUAAUAUGUCAAUAAUUUAUUUUGUUGGGAUGUGAUGUACCUAGUUAGGUCUGUGAUCAGAUUUGUUGUACUUAGUAGAAUGAAAUUUUUCUAUGUCAUGUGUUUAUGACAGCUCGCUGAUUAAAGUUAUUAUUUUCUAAUGA